ACAAUCUUGCCUGCUAGAUUACCUUAAUCUAAGCUAAUUAAUGUACUACAAAUAACACUUUUGCUUCACAUUUCAGCUCCUUCAGUUUUCUCUUUAUUUGUUGUCUUCUUGUUUUCUUGGAUGGCCAUUUUUUUUGGGGUUUGAACUUUGAACCUUUAAUUCAAUCAGUAAGUGCUUGAAUUUAUCGAGAUGGGUUUAUCAGAAACUUUUGUUAUUUAUACUGUUCAGUGAUUACAAAGAGAGUUUUUGCUUUCUAAAAAGUAGUUGUUGGGUCUCUUCAGAGUUGGAUUCAAAUUUGGGAAUUGGCUCCUAUACUUUUAAAUUUUGAUUGAAAAGUCGAGUGUAAGGAAAACUUCUCAAAGUUUAAGAGUACAUUUAAAGUUUUCUUUUUGUUUUAGUAUUUUUUCGUUCUUCAUCUGUCAUUUUCUGAUGCAAAAAUGGCAAAUUCUGGGAUUUUCUUAGUGAAUUCCGAGGUAGAAAUUUGAAGCAUUUCUUUGUAGUUAGCAAAUGUUUAGGUUUAUGGAAUAAGAUUGCCCUUAGGAAUUAAUUAGUUUUUUUUUUUUUUUUUUUUCGGAUCUGAGGGACUAUGGUAAAGAUUGGGAAGUUGAACUGGUAAAAAGGUUUUGAUUUUGAUUCACAAAGUUACAAGUUUGUCAGUUUGUGAGGUUUGAUUAGUCGUUGGGUGUGUGUUGGUGUUAGAGACAGAGAGGGGUAGGAGAGAAACAGAAUUCCAUUAUUGUUUGUGUUUUGUGAGAUGGGUCAUUCUGCAGCAGUGUGGGAUCAUAGGGCAGCAAUUGAAAUGACAGAGGACUGGAAUGGGAUUCAGCAGGUUCUGCUUCGGAAUCCACGAGGUGCUUCAGCCCGGGUUAGCUUACAUGGAGGACAUGUCAUUUCCUGGAGAAAUGAUAGAGGCGAAGAACUCCUAUUCACUAGUAGUAAGGCACUUUUUAAGCCACCCAAAGCUAUACGGGGAGGAAUUCUUGUAUGUUUCCCUCAGUUUGGAAACUGUGACUCACUCGAACAACAUGGAUUUGCAAGGAACAAAAUUUGGACCAUUGAUGAUAACCCUCCACCUCUUCAUCCAAAUGAUUCUCUUGGCAAAUCCUUCAUUGACUUGCUACUGAAACCAUCUGAAGAAGAUAUGAAAUGUUGGCCACAUAGUUUCGAGUUUCGUCUUAGGGUUUCUCUUGCUGCGGAUGGAAAUUUAACCUUGAUAUCGCGCAUUAGAAACAUCAACGGCAAACCAUUUAGUUUCUCAUUCGCUUACCACUCAUAUUUGUCUGUCUCUGACAUAAGUGAAGUGAGGAUAGAAGGGCUGGAAACACUCGAUUAUCUAGACAACCUUCGCCAAAGAGAACGUUUUACAGAACAGGGAGACGCCAUAACUUUCGAAUAUGAGAUUGAUCGUGUUUAUCUUCAUUCUCCAAAUUUUGUUGCUGUUCUUGAUCAUGAAAGGAAACGAACUUACGUGAUAAAAAAGGAAGGUCUACCAGAUGUGGUGGUGUGGAAUCCAUGGGAGAAGAGAUCAAAAGCCAUGGUGGAUUUUGGAGACGAAGAGUAUCAACAGAUGCUUUGCGUUGAUGGGGCAGCAGUCGAGAAACCUAUCAUAUUGAAGCCGGGUGAGGAAUGGACAGGACGGUUGGAACUUGCAGUUGUGCCUUCAAGCUAUCAUAGUGAGGACCUCGACCGCCACAGGAGCUGAGUUUUGAGGGAUGACAAAACCAUCACAGCUUUGGGAUCAGUUCAUAACGAGGACCUCGACCGCCACAGGAAUCGAGUUUGGGUCUAUGGGAAGCCAAUGUUUUUCGAGAAUGGCUGCUGGAUAUCAACCCUUUGUGUGUGUGUGUGUGUGUGUCUGGUGUGUUUGCUUUACCCAUAUGAGGUAUGGACCAGACAACUUUUGUUUAUAGUAUUAUAUGUACAAAAUGACUCUACUUUUGUUUAUAGUAUAAUAUGCACAAAAUGACUGUCUAUUGCAUGGUCCCAGCCGGUCAACACCCACAUCAGCAAAUGUGUCCGAAUAAGUUUUAUUUUACUUU